AUAUUCUUCCGAAUUUAAUAGAACUAUAGAUAAGAGAUGUUCUUGUUUUGAACUUAGUCAACAGUGGCUGAGAAUCUGUAUAUUCCCCCAUGUAAGAAAAAGAAUCAAAAGCAUAAAAAUUAGCACAUCCACCUUUCAAACCUUUCCCUCUCCUUUCUCCUCCUAAAUUCCUCAAGCAAAAACAGAAAAAGCACAACUUGGAAGAUCACAGCCUCCCACUUUAUGCAUAGCUUCUACUCUUCCCUCCAAAAAAAAAACAGAUGCUCUCCAACUGUGUUCAUCUCUUUCACCCCCAACCUCUCUCAAUCCCCAAACCCCUAAUCCUACCUCUCUCUCCCAAAUUCCAAUGCAAGACCCAAUCUUUUCCCCUUAAAUCUUCACCAAACCCAUCUUUCCCUCACUUACGCGCCAAAAUUCCAUCUGGGUAUUCAAGGCCUGUUCUAGGUUGUUUGUGUUCUUUAACUUCAUCAUGUACUUCUUCACCGGAGGAGGAAGACUUCGACGUGGAACUGGGCCGGCUUUUGGCCCUUUUGCCGGAGGAAAUGCGGCAGCGAGUGACGGAGCACCCGGAGCUUCAUCAGUUGAUUGAAGUGGUUAUGGAUUUGGGCCGGAAGCCGCUGGCCCGGUUUCCCUCCGGCGACUUUGUGUUGUCGGAGAAUCUGAUUACGGUUCAGGAUCUUGAACAGGCUACUUCUCAGGUGGGUGAUUUUGCCAUUGACAACCGAGCAGGCAUUAGCAGAACACUGCACCGGAUUAGUGCCAUUAGGAAUCGAAAGGGUGCCAUUAUUGGUCUGACUUGUCGUGUUGGUAGGGCAAUAUCGGGUAGUGCUAGUUUGCUGCGAGAUUUGGUUCGAGAUGGCCUUUCUUUGUUGCUCAUUGGGCCUCCUGGGGUAGGAAAAACAACAAUUAUCAGGGAAAUAGCUCGGAUGCUUGCAAAUGAUCAUAAGAAACGUGUGAUGAUUGUCGACACCUCCAAUGAGAUUGGUGGGGAUGGUGAUAUACCCCAUGCAGGAAUAGGCAAUGCUCGGCGAAUGCAAGUCCCUAUCUCUGAUAUGCAACAUAAGGUCUUGAUUGAAGCUGUUGAAAAUCAUAUGCCACAAGUGAUUGUAAUUGAUGAAAUUGGCACUAAACUUGAAGCAAUGGCUGCAAGCACAAUUGCACAACGUGGAAUCCAGCUAGUGGCCACUGCUCAUGGAGUAACCAUUGAGAAUCUGAUAAUGAAUCCUUCAUUGGAAAUGCUUGUUGGAGGUGUACAGAGUGUGACACUAGGAGAUGAAGAGGCCAGCCGGAGGGGGGUUCAAAAGACAGUGCUAGAAAGGAAAGGACCUGCAACAUUUAGUUGUGGGGUGGAGAUAAUUUCAAAGACUGAGUUAAGAGUUCAUCCUAGCUUAGAAACAACAGUGGAUGCUAUCCUCUCAGGUCGUUUCCCAAAUUUCGAAGUUCGCAAAAUUAACUCUCAGGGAUCAGAAGAAACUACUGUAAGAGAAAAUUUGCUCUCCAGUUCCUGGGAUGAACAAGAUGAUAAUGUUACAGAAGAUGCCAAAAAUAUGAGUGAGAAAGGAUAUGGUUAUAAUGAUCUCACUCCUGAGGUUUCUCCAUAUAUGCAAGUGGAUUCCGGGGAUGAAGGGAUGGAACUUCGAUUAUUUGUUUAUGGGAUCCUAGAAGCCACUGUGAUGCAAGGGAUAAAACAGUUGAAGAUGGAUGAGGCUGCUAUCCAGUUAACAGAUGAUAUCAGCAAGGCAGAUGCACUAUUCGCCAUGCAAUCCAAGCUCAAGAAAAAUCCCGGGAUUCAGGCUGCUGCUAGAUCUCAUGGUACACCCAUUUAUGUGACUAAGACAAGCGCGUUGGUCGAAAUAAAAAAGGCAUUUCGGUUAUUAUUGAAUGAUUAUUACGGUGGUUUGAACGAUUAUGGACCAGUAGACAAUAUGCAAUCGUCUGAGAAGGUUGAUGCUCUUGAGGCAAGAAAUGAAUGCUCUUUUCCCAUCAUGAAGUUCUGCAUAAUCAGCUGACACAAGCCAACAGAGUUGUGAAGUACAUUAAAUUGAAUUCCCAAAUCUGAUGAUACUGGGUAGAAACAUGCGCUUUAGUUUGACAAGCUUCAUACUCUUCUGAUUUUUAACUCCCCAUGAAUUGUGACUUAACAAGAAACAAAACAGGGCGAACCCUGUAUUUACCACCUCUGUAGAAAUCGUUGAUAAUACACAGCAUAUAGUUAGGUUAGCUAGAUUGGGUUUCUUUACCGGGUGUUUUACUAUUCACAUUUGGCAUAUGCCUGCUAUGACAAGCAACAACAAAAAAAAAAAGUGUACUAUUCUUUUCCUUUCCCCCACAACCCAAUUGAGGCAAAGUUUUAGCAUGAUAAACAGGAGUGUUCUACUAUGAGGACAUCUUCAAUAAGUGGUAAAGCCCUGGUGAGCUAGGAUUUGUGAUGUUGCAUAUAAAUAAGGUUUGCGGGAUUGUUCGUCCAUUAAUAGUCCCUCGGGACACCUGAUUUAAUCAAUGCCUAGUUCAAUAAUUUUG